AUGUCCGAUGGGUUUGUGACGGUGGGCCAGUGUAUCGAAGGCCUUCCGAUCGGUGUUUUUGUUUGGGAGCUGCUCCUGUGCGCCUUCCUGGCAUCCUUUUGGCUGGGCGCCCUCAAUGAGCCAACCCCAUUUGCUCUUGGACUGCUUGACACCGACUGGACCUACAAUGAGCUCAACGUGCAGGCGGUCUUAGCUGCCAUGGGCGUGGGCAACGCAAUCUCUAUGCUUCUGGCAGGUUGGUUUGCAGAUAAGACCGGUCGGGCCAAUGUGAUUCGCUGCCUUACGCUUGCGACGGUGAGCUGUGGACUCCUGGUGCAGUCGUCCAGGACCUUGGGCCAAACUCUCUGCGGAAGAUUUCUGCUAGGGCUCACUUCAGGCGGGCUGCUGGCCGCCUUGAUUCCCCUGGUGGCAGAGCUGCUCCCAGCACGGCGGAGAGGUUUCUACAUGACAGUCUGGUGCUGUGGAAGGCCAGCGGGGGCUCUGCUGGCUGUCCUCAUCAGCUGCUUGCUGCCGCGACUGGAUUGGACCAAUUUCGUGUUCAUGAUGACCGCGCCUGCGGUGGUCCUCUACAUCCUCUGCCGUCUAGAUGUUAUGCCUGAGUCCCCGCGCUUCCUCUACUUGGCCGGACGGCGGGAAGAAGGCUUCCUGACACUGGCGGAGAUGUAUGACAAGGAGAUGAUGUGCCUGCCUUGGGGCCCAGACUCCGUUUCUCUUACCACUUCCUCCGAGGUCAAGGAGGUGAAGUCCGGCUUGCGAUCCUUGGCCCACUCUGAUGCAGCUAUCACAGCUUGGCUGUGCCUUAUCAUCUUCUUCAGCCACUGUGCUUCGCAGUGUAUGCGCGCCUGGAUACCUACAAUCCUCGCAGCUGGCUCCCCGCACCAGACGCCAGUAAUGUUGCUGGCGAUGUCGUUGCUGCAGGCCGCGGGCUCCAAGGCCCAGUCCUCCGGAGCUUCCCUGCUCAGUGCAGGGUCCACCGGUCUGGAUCGGCACCUGGUGAUGGUGGCAGCCCAGGGAUACAUGCUUGAGAUUUGCGGCGUCGUCCUGUGUGCUGCUGCCUCUUGGGCCUUGACCCGACGGCUUCUGGUGCGCGGCUCGCUAUGCGCAGCAGCACUUUUGGCCAUCGGUGCCACGUUGGCAGAGAGGCGGAACCUGUGGUUGACCGCUGGGCCGCUGUUUGGACUGGCACUCAUUGCCAAUGCUGCAGCCACAAACUUUCUACUUGUCUUUGCGUGCGAACGCUUCCCAACAUCUUCAAGGGCGAGCGCAGUUGGGCUUGUGCUCUUCUUUGGCCAGGUGGCUGAGCUCUUCGCGCCGGCCAUGGGCGUCAUCAUGUUGAACCGCUUCUCGGUGCAGUCGGCGGUGCUUGCCUUCAACAGCCUGUACUUUGUAGCAUUUCUGCUAUCGUUCCAGCUUCCCCUGCCUGGGCAUCGUGAGCGCACGCUCCAUGACGUCGAGGAGAAGGGCGCGCGCGAUCCUUUGACAAGAAACCGGAAGCGCUUGGGAAUGUCCUACCAGACCGUCUGA